AUGAUGCAACUACCUACUGAAUUGGUGUCUGAUUUGGGGACUUACCAAUUAAAAUCUAUUUUAGGGAAUGAUAAAGGAAAUGUAAUAUAUUGUGCGAAGAAUUCUAACGGCUCUACUGUUGUUUUGAUUGAGACCGACAAAGUUCUUCCGGUGAAGGCUAAGACGAGGUUGGAUGAUACUUAUAAGGACAGAUUCUAUGAUAAGGAUCAUACGAAAACCUUUACCGUUUAUGGUCAAGACUAUCUGGAUAUUGAAGGAAACGACUACUUUGCAUACUCAACUGAUGAGGAUCACUCGUUAAAGUCACGUGAUAGUAAUGAAUCUCAUCAUGAGAAUGAACAAUGUAACCAUCAUACGCAGGAGAAAGAGGAGCAGCUUGAUGCUGAAAGUCAACACAUUUGUUUUAAUGGAAGUGCGGAGAUGAAGCCAUGUAACAAUAUUUUGGCUAGAAUGAAAUGCAAACUGGGACUACGAACCCCAAUGAUGAAAGUCGUUCCACCGGCAAGGGAUGAGGAUGAAGAUGAGGAUGAAGACCAAGAUGAAACUAUCGAAGAAUCUGACGAUAAUGAUAAUAAUGCUGAUGAUUCAGUGUCAGAUUUACCGGAUAUAAUAUUACCCCAGACUACCGUUCCAAAAGCAAUUGAGAAACCAACCUCAAUUCUCGAUAAAUCAACUCAUCUUAGAGCAUCAAUUUGCAUAUCUGACAAUGUACGGCUUGCUCCUUGUGGGAAGAAGCGGAUUGUCAGCCUUCCGAGAACGCCAAUACCAAAAGUAUUCCCUGUCUCGGAUGUUGAAGCCGGCAGCGAAGAUGACGAGGAUGAAGAUGAGGAUGAAGAAGAAGAUGUCAGUCGCAGCGGUACGGAAGAUACUGCUGAUGACAGAAGUCAAUUAACUUUUGAUAACAAUUCUAAAUUCAGCAGGAAAAUAUUACAAGACAACAACGAAGCUGAGGGAAGCGAUGACGAUGAUGUUGACGCUCAUGUUGACCAUGACACCAGCUUUAGAAAUAGAAAAGGUGAUAUUAGUGAAUCAGCUGAAGAUAUCAAUCUAGUUUCCGCUGGAGUAUUUUUAAGUGAAAUUCCUCAUAAGAAACCAAAGGAAAGCAAUUUCCAAUUGCAACACGUCGAUAGGAUCGUCGAUGAAUCGGUCUGUAACCAUGAUAAUCCGAUAUUUUUAGAGAAUAUCAGGAGAAACAGUGUCAACAACACUAAAAUGCAUCCACUAGAGUUGAAUUCGGAUCAUGUAAGGCACCGCUCUAAAUCGCUAAACAAUAAUUGCGGUAUGGAUUUCAAUUUAUGUCUUGAUAGCUCCAAAAUGCUUACUAGACGGAAAACAAAGGUAUCACUGGAACGACUCACUUAA